AUGACAGGGCAGCAGCAGCAGCAGCAACAGCAGCAGGAGGCCCCCCAGCCUCAGGGGCCCUCAGGGGCCCCCUCGCCCCUGCCUCCCCAGGGGCCCACCUUAUCUCACAACCCUUUCCCUCAGCUAAACCCUAUUGAAGCAACGUCCGCUGGUACUCAACAACUUCCCUCCGAUGCGACUUCCAGUUUUGCCGGGCCCCCCCCUGGGCCUCCCCCAGGGGGGACCCCGGGGGCCCCCUUAGGGCCCCAUCCGGCUGCAGGGCCUCUCCUGCUGCCUACUGACUGGGGACCCCUUCCAUCACAGCCGCAUGCAUCACAAUUGUAUGCAGGCGGGGCCCCUGAUGAACUAAGAGCAUCACAAAGCCGCGAGGAUCAGCACAGCCUACAGCAGCAGCAGCAGCAUCAGCAGCAGCAGCAACAGCAGCAGCAGCAUCCCACAGCCCCACUGGCUCCCACCCAUAAACAGAUUUCUGCCUUCCCGCAGCGCAUGCACUCUGAUACAGAUAUCCAGGCGUUCGAACAGCAGCAGCGGCGGCAGCAGCAGCAGCAUUUGCAGCAGCAGCAGCGACAGCAACAGCAGCAGCAGCAAUUCGGAGGUGCACACCAGAUGCAUACGCAGCUGCCUCUACACUUCCCUGCUGGAUGCCAUCAGGGGGCCCCAGGACAUCCUCCAGGAGGUGAGGAAGGGGCCCCUGGGGGCCCUCUUCCAGCAGCACUGGGAACCCAGGUAGUGCAGCGGCACAGGGCAUCAACAGAUCAGGCUGCAGCUACUGCUGCAGUGGUUGCUGCAGCAGCAGCAGCAGAUGCAGCAGCAGCAACGCGAUCCAGGGAAGAAGGGAAGGGCUCGCAAGACCCCGAAGGCCCACCAGCAACUGAGCCACCAGAGCGCAAGAGAAAGGGUACCGGGAGGGCCCCCGUCUCUUCUCGCCGGAAGACUGCUCCAGUUUCUCCGCAGCAGCAGCAGCAGCAGCAGCAACAGCAACACAGCCAUCAGCAAAUGCUGUGGCAGCAACCAGACAUUGGCUUGCUGCUGCAGCAGCAGCAGCAGGCUGUGCAGGCCCUGCCAGUCAGUGGAGCCGGGGGCGCCUCAGCGCAACAGCAGCAGCAACAGCAGCAGCUACUCUAUCUGCAGCAGCUACUGCAGCAGCAGCAGCUGUUGCAACAACAACAUCUGCUGCAGGCGCGCCCUGAGCAUCAUCUGCAGCAGCAGGCUCCGUGGCAGGUGCCUCUGCAGCAGCGGCCGCUGCUGCCCUCACAGACAGGGCAAGAGCAGCAAAUGGGAGCAAGUGUACUGCCUCCACAGCAGGGUUCAUCAGAUCCCCCAGCUGCUGCUGAUACUGCAGCAGCACCACAGCAGCGGCUGCAGCAACUGCUGCAGCUGCACGAAGCUGCUGUGCAGCUGCAGCAAAGGGAAUUGGGCUUGUCGAUGCGCGAGUUAGAGACCCUCUAUCUUCCUCUUUUUUGGAACAAAAACGGCAGCAGCAGCAGCAGAAGCAGUAGUACUAGCAGCAGCGACAACAACACCAGCGACAGCAGCAGUAGCAGCAGCAGCGACAGCAGAUGGAGCGCCUCUUUAAGAAGAUUUAGUUCUUACAAAAUAGGAAAGGGGGGCUCCUUUGGGGCCCUAGGGGAAGGCUGCUGGAUGGUAUGGCCAGCAGAGCAACAAGAUGCUAGCAGCUUGCGGCUGCAGCAGCAGCUGCAGCUGUUGCUUGCAUGCACUUAUGGGGAGAAGAAGCAGCUGAUGCUACUGCAGCAUAUCUGGUGCACAGGCACAGAUGCUGCAGGUGCUGCUGCUGCUGCUGCAUCAAGGAGACACCCAGAAGCAGUAAACACUGUUAUGCUGCUGCCGCCCCCUUCUUGCUUCUCAUGGGCUGCUAAGAAGAAAGGCAUUUCUUUUGUUUGGAAGCGCAUUGCUAGCGAGCAGCAGCAGCAGCUGCUGCAGCUGCUGCAGCAACAGCAGCAGCAGUUGCAGCAACAGCACCAGCUCUUGCUGCAGCAGCAAGGACUCCAGGUGCCCCCCCACCCUGCGCCUGCUGCGGCCUUCCUCGACCCUCUCUAG